CCCCGCUGAUUGCUUCUCCACACGCAUACCGUCGGCAUAUUGGCGAUACACGCUUUAAAACUCUAUUCGAAAUGAAAGUACGGUUCGGAUUCCCGUGGGACAAGGCAAACGGAUGUACAAUUACGGAUAUUCUGGCUUCCCUUUUCACGAUUUCACGUACCCUAUGGGAGAUGCGACUCUGAUAUGUCUACAUGACACGAGGGGGCGUUCUCCGGCAUUGAAUGACGGCGUAUAUGUCACCGCCGAGAAUUUGCUUUUUCACCUUACCUUCGAUAUUUUCUCACUUGCAUCGCGAUGUUGCGCAGGGCGUUUCUAGGCUACAUGUUGUAAUGGAUGGUCGUGCCUUUCUUUCAACUUCAACUCACGUUUGUCGGACAGGUAACGAUGGCAUGGUGGGAACCACGACGAUGAAACCGUGGUGCGGUUUUCGAGUUUAUUGUUGGUUUCCGUGUCGGCGUCACUUUGCAUUUCUCGAUACCUUUCAUCAUUGUCCACACCUUCAGCUCGAAGGACCGUUGUCGUGUCGCAGCGGCACGCACGAAAUCCGAAUCACGAAGAGUUCGAAUUCCACGCCUCGCCUCGCUUCCCAGCGUAACUUUGCCGUCUCCUUUUCCUCACUCCCAUCGCUACCGUGGUAUUAUCCAAUGCUCCCCCACCACCACCGAGGACCGGAGCAACGCCACCGUCCCAUGCAUUGGAAUUGCAUGACCCUUGAACCAAUAUUUUGGAGCCGGAGUCGCCUCCUUCAACAGGCUUACCACUCCCUCCCCCAGAGUAAUAAUGAAUGGCCCAGACGCCCCACCUCCUCCUUGAUCUGGUGAUGAACUUUGUAAUUUAGGCGGGGUGGAAAAAAACUUGCUGGAGU